AUACUAUCUACAACACACAUCACAGGUAUAGCACAGGACAGCAAUGUUGCUCGACGAGGAUCCCGCCACGCUUGUUCAUCACACAAUUGGCAACUUCAACAUCCAACCCGACAAGCUCGCCGUCACACGCAUCAACGACUCCCUAGCCACCCUCAAACAAUCGCGAGAUCUACGUAUCCGCGAUGCAGAAACCGCUCUACGCAAACUAUCGCGCAACUUAAAGUCGCUCGAAACAAACUACGAGGAAACUGUCGCCGCGCACGACCCUGGGCGCCACGCCCAAGAAAUCCUUGAACUCGAUGCCCAAAAGUUCCGGACUGCAAAGGCAGCCUCCGACUUAGAGAUUGAGUCAGAGCGCCUUGAAGGCGAGUUAGAGAUGUUGAAAGAACGGCUUGCAGAGCUGGAGGCGCAAGGAUUGGAGGGUGACGAGACAGUUCGUCGGGAACGAGAGGCUGAUGACGCGACAAUACUCCGGCUCAAGGUGUAUCGAUCACUAGGGAUCGAUGUCGAAGCCGACGAAGCAGGAAACUAUAGCAAAGCGGUCAUCCGAAACAGUCGCAAGGGCGAUGUGCACGUUGUGAACAUUGACCCCAAGUUCUCACGCUUUUUCUAUGCAAACUACUUUUGGCAAACAAUGCAAGGAUAGGACAUGUCUAGAUGAUGGAAGGAAAGGCGUUUACGGUGCAAUUCGAUUGUCCUGUUGCUUUAAAUAUACCCCCGGUUUCACAUUUCAACGAACAAUAUAUUGAAAUCUUCUCUAA